AUGCGAUCAUCGCCGUCUUCAUUGGGUUCGUCAUCUCGAUCGGGUUUGCGGCUUCGUAAGAAGCACAAGAGGUUGGAUGCAAUAUGUGAGGACGAGUACACUCGAAACCAUGGUGAGCUGAAUGAGGAUAAUGAUGGUUUGGACGCUGAUGCAGGGGUUCGUCGGAGCUCCCGGGUUCGCCGGGCCCCGGUGCUGCUCGACGCAUCUCCCGCUCCGCCAAAGAAACGACGGAGGGUGGGGAAGGGUGGAAUUGGUCGUGGUGGGGAGAGUCCUAAGAGUUCAGGGCGGGAAAAUAGAGGUUCAGUUGGGGCUUGGAGUUCUAGGUUGAGAUCAAGGGCUGGCAAUGUUGGUUUCAGGGUAAAGGAGGAGAGGGAAUCGCCAGGCGGGAAGAGGAAGUUUUUUGAUGUUGUGGUGGGAAAGAGGGUUGAUGCGAAGGAGGAGUUGGAAGGUUUAAUGCCGAAAGUGGUUAAGUCGAAGAGACCGGGGAGGAUUAAAGCCACAAAGCACGAGGAAGGGCAUGAAGAGGAUGUGUCCCAUGGGAGUUUGGAGGAGAGUAAGAGUCAGGAAGUGCAGCUUGUGUCGAGCAGUGAUGAGCAGAGUGAUUCGGAUUCUGAAACUGAAUUGUCCGGAGAGGAUCAGAUGGAUGACUCGGAUGGAACUGCCCCUUCUAUGGUAGGAAAUGAGGAUGGGGAUCAGAUGGAUGAUUCAGAUGGGAAUAUUCCUCCCAUGUUAGAGAAUGAGAAGAGGAAUUUAUCCAACUAUUUGCAAAUGGAGGAGUGUGGUCAUGACAUUGAGUCUUCGUCUCAGGUGGAACAUUUAGAUAAAGUGGAUUAUCAGUUAGAGAGUGCGAAGGAAAGGACAAGUGUAGGUAAUGCAGCUGAACACGUAGAUAAUGAAGGAUCCCUUGGUAAGGAGGUUGACAAUGAUGAAAGUGUAUUGAAAGAUGCAUUGAAAGAUGCAAAUAUUGCUAAGGAGGUUGAUGUCGAAGAAAAUGUCUUGAAAGAUGAAAAUGCUUGGAGGAACGACGAGUUGAAGCAUGCUUCAAAUGACAAGCGUGGUCACCUGAGAAUUAAAGAGGGUAGGCGGUGUGGUUUGUGUGGUGGAGGGAGCGAUGGUAAGCCACCAAAAAGGUUAGCUCAGGAUAAUGGUGAAAGUGAGAAUGAAGCUUAUUGUGGGUCGUCAUCUUCAGAGGAGACUAAUUAUGAUAUUUGGGAUGGUUUUGAUGAUGAACCUGGUUGGCUUGGGCGCCUCUUGGGUCCUAUUAAUGAUCACCAUGGUAUUGCUAGAAUAUGGGUUCAUCUACACUGUGCUGUAUGGAGUCCAGAGGUUUAUUUUGCCAACUUUGGGUGCUUAAAAAAUGUGAGGGCUGCACUAUUCCGAGGAAGGGCAUUGAAGUGCACACGCUGUGGGAGACGAGGGGCAACCACUGGUUGUCGUGUUGAUCGUUGUCCAAGAACUUAUCACUUGCCUUGUGCCAGAGCCAGUGGUUGCAUCUUUGAUCAUCGUAAAUUUCUCAUAGCCUGCACAGAUCAUCGGCAUCUCUUCCAACCUCAUGGUAGUAAAUAUUUAGCCAGAAUAAAGAAGUUGAAGGCUAGGAAAAUGAUGUGGGAAAUAAGGAAACGAUCAAACGAAGCUUGCAAAAAAGAUAUUGGAGAUGAAGAAAGAUGGUUGGAAAAUUGUGGAGAGGAUGAAGAAUUUUUGAAACGUGAGAACAAAAGGCUUCAUCGUGAUUUAUUGAGAAUAGCUCCAGUGUACAUUGGGGGUUCAGACUCUGCCAAAGAAAAUUCAUUUCAGGGUUGGGAAUCUGUUGCUGGGCUCAAAGAUGUCAUCAGAUGUAUGAAAGAAGUUGUCAUUUUACCUCUGUUAUAUCCUGAGCUCUUUGAUAAUUUAGGGCUUACACCUCCAAGAGGUGUUCUUUUGCAUGGGCAUCCCGGAACGGGGAAAACCUUAGUUGUCCGGGCAUUGAUAGGAGCAUGUGCCCGAGGUGAUAAAAGGAUUGCAUAUUUUGCCCGGAAAGGUGCAGAUUGCUUGGGAAAGUAUGUUGGUGAUGCUGAGCGACAACUAAGACUGUUAUUUCAGGUUGCCGAGAAAUGUCAACCUUCUAUAAUAUUCUUCGAUGAAAUAGAUGGUCUGGCACCCGUCCGCACUAGGCAGCAAGAUCAAACUCAUAGUUCUGUUGUCUCAACAUUGCUUGCUCUCAUGGAUGGUUUGAAAUCUAGGGGUUCAGUUGUGGUCAUAGGUGCGACCAACCGUCCUGAAGCUGUUGACCCAGCGCUUAGGCGCCCAGGUAGAUUUGAUCGGGAAAUUUAUUUUCCAUUACCAUCAAUUGAAGACAGAGCUUCCAUUCUCUCACUUCACACCCAAAAGUGGCCAAAACCAAUUACUGGAUCCUUGCUUGAGUGGAUUGCAAGAAAAACACCAGGCUUUGCUGGUGCUGAUCUCCAGGCACUUUGUACUCAAGCGGCUAUUAAUGCAUUGAAGAGGAAUUUCCCUUUGCAAGAAGUCUUGUCUUCAGCUGCUGAAGAAAAACAUUCUGGUUCUAAGCACAUUCCUCUUCCAUCCUUUGCAGUGGAGGAGAGGGAUUGGUUAGAGGCUGUUUUUUCUUCCCCACUUCCUUGCUCCCAAAGAGAUGCUGGAAAUGCUGCUAAUGAUGUAGUAUGCUCCCCUCUUCCCAUCCAACUUAUUCCUUGUUUGUUGCAGCCAUUAUGCACUAUUCUUGUAUCUCUAUAUCUUGAUGAACGUCUAUGUUUACCACUUUCCAUAUCUAAAGCUGUAGCUGUGAUAAAGGAUGCUAUGAUUUCUGCUCUAGACAAAAGGAAAAAGCCUUUUGAUUGCUGGUGGUUGCACAUGGAUAAUUUUCUUCAAGAAUCCCGUACUGUUUAUGAGUUAAAGAGAAAGCUUACUUGUUCUGGCAUUUUAUCUGCGGAUGAUGGCAUUACUUGUUCUAAUAAUACUGUGGAUGAUGCUAAUGCUAACAACUUGAAGUUAGAAUCCUCCACAAGGAACCAUCUUGGCAUGCGUGGUGGUUUAUUUGCAUUGACCAACAAUUCAGGAUUUCGGAUAUUAAUUUCUGGAAAUCCACGAUCUGGCCAGAGACAUCUUGCUUCUUGUCUUCUUCACUGCUUUAUUGGAAAUAUUGAAAUGCAGAAGAUUGAUAUGGCAACUAUUUUACAAGAAGGGCAUGGAGAAGUGGUGCAGGGGAUUGCCCAAAUAUUAAUGAAAUGUGCUAGCAGGCAAUCUUGCUUAGUAUUUUUGCCAAGAAUUGAUUUAUGGGCUCUGGAGAAACAUUUUCAAAUUGCUGAAAGGUCUGAUUCGUGUUUUACGAUGGAAAAGUCUUGUUUCACACCAAACCAAGUUGUUGAGAAGGAAAGUGAGAUCAGUACGGAGAAAAACUCAACUGAGAUGACCAAUGGCCAAGCCAACACGAAGGCUUCAUUUGCUUGGAUGUCGUUUAUUGAGCAGGUGGAAUCCAUUAGUGUAUCCACAUCCUUGAUGAUUUUGGCUACUUCAGAAGUUCCCUAUACAGAACUUCCCCGCAAAGUAAGAGAAUUUUUCAAGAAUUAUCAAUCUAAAGACAGUUUGGAGCAGACAGUUCCUCGAUACACUGUGCAGAUUGAUGGGAAUUUUGACCGUGACAUGGUGAUCAAUCUAUCUGUACUAGAGCUAUUGAGAAAUGUAGUUGAGCAAAUGGUUCAAUUGAUUCAUCAGAGAUCUCAUGUUCACAUGGGUGGCCAAAAGGGCCCCACAACCUAUGAAUCGAUUGAAGAUUGUAAAGAUAAGGUAUGUCAAAGAAAAGAAUAUGGAUCAGCCACUGAUAAAAAGAGUCAAAUCCAACUUGAGUCCUUUACAAAAGUUCCACCAACACCAAACAGCAAGUCACUAAAGGGAAAGUCAACCCUGUUGUUGGCAAUAUCUACACUUGGCUAUCAAAUUCUCGUGUACCCACAUUUUGCUGAACUUUGUUGGGUCACUUCAAAACUCAAAGAAGGUCCUUGUGCUGAUGUAAGUGGACCUUGGAGGGGCUGGCCUUUCAAUUCCUGUAUAAUUCGUCCUAAUAAUUCACAAGACAAGGUGUCUGUUUCUUGUAGUUCUGGUAGCAUUAAAAGUAGAGAAGCAUCUGGUCUAGUCAGAGGCUUGAUUGCUGUUGGUUUAUCAGCUUACAGAGGUGUUUAUACAUCAGUUAGGGAAGUUUCCCUUGAUGUUAGGAGGGUUCUUGAGGUCUUAAUUGAGAAUAUCAAUACCAAAAUUCAAGCUGGGAAAGAUAGAUACCAAUAUUUUCGUAUUUUGUCACAAGUGGCUUAUUUAGAAGAUAUGGUCAACAACUGGGCUUACUCGUUGCUAAGUCUGGAGCAGGAUUCCCCUGAGCAUACAACAAAGGUUACACCAGCAAGUGGUGGGUCGUUAAACACUAAUCUCACAUGUGAAAAUCACCAAUCUGAAGGCGAGGACUGCCAUUUGGUUGUACCUAGAUAUGGUCAUGAUGUGGAGGCACUGGAGGAAAAUCAUAAUGAAAUUCCUUCUGAAACGACUGGAUACCACACCUCUAAUGAUAAAAAUGGUAAUUUGAAUGUUACUGAUUGUGAUAAUGGAAAUGCUAGCUCUGAAGGAUCUCUACAGAACCAUUCUUUAUCUGAUAAGCAUAUCAACAACUAUGCUGCGGCUGCUGCAAACCAGCCACUUCAUCCAUCUACAAGUCAGGAGAAUGGAACAUUAUUAGUAGCACAUGAAUCUCUAAUUGCUGGAAAUAACGAAGAGGUGCGUGGAGAACUAGGGAUUUCAGAUAAUUUGAGCAAAUCCAUGGGCAUUCCAUUUGUGGUCCUUUCUGAAAAUGGAGUUCACUCAGCUGUUGAACCAGAGACACAGAUUGUUGAGAUAUUGAACUGUCCCGCCCCUGAUCAGCCUCUUAGGUUGUCCUCGCCCUUGCAAGACAUUGGCGCUAAAUCAAGUGAUGUUAAAUCUGAUAAACAUGAGAAUGCCACAGAUAAUAAUGUGUCAUCAAGUAAUGUCAGUGCUCCUGCUGACUCGGGGGUUAUUUGCUUGUAUCAAUGUUGCCCUGCUUGUCUCCACAGUCUCCAUCUUUUGAUAAAAAAAAUACUUGUUGGAGAUUGGGGGUUGAACAGUAACCAGUGGACUGUAGAAGAUGCCCAAGAUGCUGUUGCAUCAUUAUCUGUGGAUCUUAUUUCAGCAGUUAGAAAAAGCUUUGUUGCUGAAGAUUUCAUUGAUUCAUCGAAUAAAACCUCAAGGCAUGAAAAUCAUGGAAUAUCUCUUGAUUGUUUGAACCCGAGAAUGUGUAAUGCUGAAAACCAAGACAAGGAUGCUGUGGCAGCUGAAUGUGUUUCUCAUUCUGCAUGCCAACAUGCAACUGCAGUGGAAGAUACGGUACUGAAUGAAGAAUCAGCUAUGGGUAAUUUUAAAUAUGUUAUUAGAGAUGGUGUACUAGUUCAUGUUGACCCUGACAAGGAUGUCUCAGUUCACUGUAAAUUUGAGAACCUGUGCCUUUGUUCUCUUAGAGAGUUGAUAUUAAUGACAAAGCGCCCUUUCUUUUAUUAG